ACACGAGCUUUGUGUUCGCCUGGAGGUGGAGCAGACUCUUCCUGGAGGGGGCGGUUCUCACCUUGUGAUGUCAUCAUGUGAGGACCCGCUCAUUUUUGUGGGUAUGUGAGGGGCUUCUGUUGAGAGUGUAGGUUUUUAGGGUUCUUUAUAGUGAGAAAUGAACAUUUAAAAGCUCAAAAAGUUGUUUUUUCAUGAUAUGACCCCAUAGAACUAAACUCCAAUAAACUUUUAAGCUGUUUUUAGACAAAUUUAAAUAAAACUUGUGUUGGUUUAUUGGACAUUGUUUCUGCAGAGCGGCACUACUUCAUUAGAAAUUUCCCAUCAUCCAUUUGUUUACACUCCCACUAGCUUACAGCCCCUCCCAACCCCAACUUAACAUAACUGGUGCAACAAAAAUAAACUCCAAAAACACAGUUUUCAUUGGAUCUUUAAGUAUUUCUUGUGUCUCUGGACGUAUAUUCAUGAGUCUUUAGAACCCACCUCCAGGAAUAGAAAAAAAAAAGAUUGUCUUUCCACAGCUCUAUCUUUAUUUUUAGAGGCUGGAUGCUGAUGAGAGAGGAGAGAGCAAGAGGGUGAGAAAAAAAGAAAAAAAAAACAAGAGAAUUGGGCAAAGGAGGGAUAAGUGAGGGGAGAGGGAUGGCGAGGUGUUUCCUCCUCCUUUGAGGAGACUGAUGGGGAGAAUUGCAGCAUGAUGAGAGUCCCUCCUCUGUGUGAGCCGGAGAGGGAAAGGGGACGAAACCACACCAACCUCUUAUUCGAUCGGCGAGCGCGGAGGGGAGGGGGGAGGCGGCUCCGCUGCUGUAUAAAAAGCCAAGUCUGAGAACACGGCGCCUCAAACUCACCACACACAAACCCAGUGGCUGCUCUGUAUCUCUUACACUCACCCACUCUCAUUCUCUCCCUCUCCCUCCUCCUGACUGGCUCCCUCCGUCUCUCACUCCAUUCCUCUGGGCUCCUGCAUACUUUUUGCUUCUUCUUGCAUGUCAUACUGUGUUUGUAACUCCCGUGCACGCCUGGGCUUCCUUAAGUCUUCUUGAACGUGUGAGUGACUGCCUGCCUUCUCGAGUGUGACUGAGUGGAGCAGCGAGCUGCAUCAAGUGUAUGUGGGUCUCUGUCUCACACACUUGCGGCUCUUUUUGUAACUUUUCUCGGGAUCGCCGGGUCCCUUUCCAAGCUGAAAGGCUCCCCACACCAAGCAGUCACCAUUUCUGCCCCCGGGAGACCCACGCUGGCAGCGCAGCCCCUUCCCCGACUCAGCAUCGGGAGGAAGACUCUGGUGGCGGCUGCUGUCGGGGUUAUGCUGGUCCUGGUGCUGGUGGUGCUCAUUCCUGUGCUCGUCAGCUCCGUGGGAACCGAUGCCAGCCACUAUGAGAUGUUGGGCACCUGUCGAAUGGUGUGCGACCCUUACUUGAACAAGGGCACGCCGGCCAGCAGCACGAGCUCCACCGGGCUCCAGGCGGAGGCGGAGGCGCUGAGCGACCACAGCAACGUUCUUCCACCGUCCACCUUGCUCCAGGGUCCGCAGGGAAAGCCGGGCAGGCCGGGGAAGCCCGGACCCCCGGGACCGCCAGGAGAGCCCGGGCCACCGGGACCAGCCGGGCCUCCUGGUGACAGAGGAGAUCAAGGAAGGACUGGGAUUUUGGGUCUAGGGGGCAACGGAGCUAUCAGCACCGCCACUUACAGCACAAUACCUCGGGUGGCCUUCUACGCAGGGCUUAAGAACCCCCACGAAGGCUACGAGAUCCUCAAGUUUGAUGACGUGGUCACCAACCUUGGCAACAAUUACGAUGGCAUUUCGGGCAAGUUCAUCUGCAGCAUACCGGGUACUUACUUCUUCAUCUACCACGUGCUGAUGAGAGGAGGGGACGGCACAAGUAUGUGGGCAGAUCUCUGCAAGAACGGUCAGGUUCGUGCUAGCGCCAUCGCCCAAGACGCUGACCAGAAUUAUGACUACGCUUCCAACAGUGUUAUCCUCCAUCUGGAUGCAGGAGAUGAGGUUUACAUCAAACUUGACGGAGGCAAAGCCCAUGGUGGCAACAACAACAAGUACAGCACAUUUUCUGGCUUCAUCCUCUACGCAGACUGAAAAAAAGACAGACGCCAGGAUUGAUGGACAGGAAAUGACUCAAAGACGAAGUUGUAUAACGGGGGAAAGGUGUGCGUGCGCGCGUGCGUGUUUGUGUGCGUGAUAAAAGACGGAAUGCUUUCUAGUUUUCCUAAUUCUCUCCAUCAUCACAGACGCUUCAUAUCCAUCCGUCAUAACGUUCAGCCAAGCCGGAGCGUAAAGCUCCUGAGGACGCGGCGAGAUGGGCUGGCGGGUGACGUGGGUGGAGUGGGAUGUAAGAUGGGCUGGAUUCUCCGUGCACUCCACGCCACAGCCCUGACAUCUCGAAAGGCUCUCCAUUUUCAGUGUCUCUCUCCUCUGUAGCCCUGCGACAUUGCACAGCAGCGUCAACACAUGAAAACCUGCAAAAAGUGGAUUAUCUCACUCAUGUCCUGCACACAGCGGACGCCAUCAACUGACAAUUGUAGUGUUGUUGCGUGCAAUUUUAGAUUGUGUUUUUAUUUUGUAGACAUAAAUGCUAUUCUACACAAAAGAAGUUUAAAAAAACAAUAUAUUUGUCCCUUGUGAAGAUAUACUGUUUGAAUGAAUGUUAUUUGUGAUGCAACUCAUAAAUCUAACAGCUGGAGAAGAAAUAUUUAAAUUUAUGGUAGUGAGUGCUUUUUCUUCGUCUCUGGAUAUCUGGAUCGUAUUAUCCACGCGAGGAAUAAAAGAGAAAAAAAACAUCUUA